GGCAGACACAAGUUGGGUUCCUUUAUAUAUGAAUCCCGAUGAUCUCAGUCUUACUCAUUCACUCUCCCAAGAGGAAAGAUAUUGAAGAAUUAUAGUGUUAUAAUGGCAACCUUAAGAAAUUUGAAGAUCAAGACAGGUACAUGUAAGCGUGUUCUUAAAGAACUUUACUCGUAUGAAAAAGAGGUGGAGAGAGAAGCUAGUAAAACUGCUGACAUGAAGGAGAAAGGAGCAGAUCCUUACGAUCUUAAACAGCAGGAGAACGUUUUGGCUGAAUCCAGAAUGAUGAUUCCAGACUGCCGCAAGCGCUUGGAGACCUCACUAGCUGACAUCAAAGAAACCCUGGCACAGUUGGAAGAAUCAAAUCAACAGGAUGGCCCAGAACUGGAUGAAGCUCGAAAAAUCAUUGAUGAGGUUGAAACUUUGUUUAAGACAUCGGAAGCUUAACUGUUAGCAUCCCACCUCGAAAUCACUGUCUUUUUAGACAUCUUCCUUUGCUUCCACUGUUACACUCUAAUCUGUGAAUUUUGGUUUCUAUAUUGGCAUAUCCAUGUAACAUUGUUGCUUGUGAUUUUUGGAUUCUGUAUUGGCAUAAGCUGUGUAAUGAACUGAUUAUCCAGCGUCGUCCUUAGGAUGUUGGAGUUGAACCUCCUGUGUGUUUUAUUCAUUACCUGUGAAUGAAUUAAAAUGGUGAAAACUGAAAACAGUUACGUCUCU